AUGGAAGACAAUCGUGACACGGCGGGCCCUUCAGAACCUAAGAAACGUAAAACACAGGACACAAGAAACGUACAAAAACUAACGGAUGCGGAAUUAUUACGAAUAUUAGAAGAAAGCGAUUCGGAAACGGAACUGGCCAGUGAGGAGGACGGCGUGGAAUCCAGUGAAGAGUCUGACGGAGCCGAGUUUGUUUUAGAUGAGACUGUAGAAAUGGCUGUGAAUCCUAGCGACAGGGAAAUGGCAGAAGGAGUGGUAACAAGAGAUAACGCAGCUGAUACAACUGUUGCGUGGGAAAGAGAGCCAGUUGGAAUGAUAAAUUGCCCAUUUAUAAAAAAUGAGGGACUGCUUAUUCAACCGACGGAAAACACUCCCUUAGAUUAUUUUCGUCUUUUGCUGACGGACGAAUUUCUAUUGACAGUUGUAGAAGAAACAAAUCGAAACGCGAUUGAAUUAUUCCUUUCUGCGGGAACCAAAGGACAAUCACGAAUAAACUGUUGGAAAGAUGUGACUGUUGGCGAAUUGUUAGUGUUCUUGGGAGUUUUCCUGCACAUGGGAAAUGUAAAGAUGAGGAAUUUGCAGGACUAUUGGAAAAAGGACGCUUUAUUCAACGUGAAAGGAAUUGCCGAUAGUAUUUCACGAAAUCGUUUUCUGCUAAUACUACGUGCAUUACACUUUUCUGAAAAUCCAAAACAGGGCAAACCAACACCAUCCGACAGGUUGUAUAAAAUACGUCCCGUUAUCAAUUUUUUCAAUGAAAGGAUGUGCCAACUAUAUAUUUUGACAACUCCCACUGGAAUGGUCCUAAAAUUCGCGGUAUACACUGGCAUGCUGGACGAUUUAGGAGGAAGAGGCCAUGCGCAAAAAAUUGUUCUUCAUUUACUAGAUGAAAAGUUGAAUGCUGGUCACCAUGUGUACAUGGACAAUUACUAUAACAGCUUCGCAUUGGCAAAGCUGCUCCUGGAUAAGAAGACCCACUGCACGGGAACUCUGAGGGCGAAUAGGAAGGAUACACCCAAGGAAAUACAGGAAGCAAAACUACGAAAAGGUGAAGCCGUUGCCAGAUUUGCGGAAGGAGUUAUGAUAGGUAAGUGGCGUGAUAAGAGGGAGGUUUGCUACAUUUCUAAUGCAUUUACAAAUGAAAUGGUUGAGGUUGAAACCAAAAGAAAGGAGAAGAAAUCUAAGCCCUUGGCCAUUGUAAACUACAAUAAAUUUAUGGCGGGAGUUGAUCGGCACGAUCAGAUGUUAUCAUAUUACCUCUCGGAACGCAAAACCAUACGCUGGUACAAGAAACUUUUUAUCCACGUUGUGGAAAUGAUACUGACAAACGCACAUGCCCUACACAAUAAAUAUUGUGGCACAAAAAUGCCCCUCCAAGAAUUUAGACUCAGUAUUAUAAGAGCACUAUUGCCACGAAAGCAGGUAGAACGGCCAGUCAGAAAUCCCCAACAUGUUGUGGUAAAACGAGAAUCAAAUGGAAAAUCAAAAACACCGCGAAAAAAGUGCAGAUCAUGCGCCAGCCGUGGACAACGAACAGACACGAUUUACGAGUGCCUAGAUUGCCCAAAUAAAGCAGGAUAUUAUUUGACAUACAUUUUAUUUCAGAAGUUUCUUCGAGAUCUUGUGAACAAUACACUAGACGCAUUGGCGCGUCCACGGCCACCCGCUACAGAAUAUGGCCUGAUAUGCCACGGACGCCUUAGUGCGCCCCAAAACAACUUUGAUUCACGAGACAAUAUAUUUUCAGAUUCUAUUAAGAAAAAUAUUGGUUACGUGGCAAAGCAAGGCCAAUUACAGUGGCAGUGA